UCUCUUACUCUUUUAUGCUCUUUGGCUUGUGCUUGCAAUGAAAUAAAUAAUAUUUUACGAUUUCUUCAAACAUUUAGUAACGCAGAAAUAGAUACGGUUGAUCACUAUGUCUUCAGUGCCUUCAGCCUCAAAGGAAGAGUCCUUCGACGAGUUCUAUACAGAGGUUAAAGAAAUUGAGAAGCGAGAUUCAGUGUUGACUCCGAAGCAGCAAAUAGAAAGGCUUCUGCGUCCAGGUUCGACGUAUUUCAAUUUAAAUCCAUUCGAAGUGUUGCAAGUGGAACCAGAUGCAACACUUGACGAAAUCAAGAAAAAGUACCGAAGACUGUCCAUUUUGGUGCAUCCAGACAAGAAUAUCGAUGACUCCGAAAGAGCUCAGCAAGCGUUCGAAAUAGUGAACCGAUCAUGGAAAAUACUGGAGAAUGAAGAUACACGGAAGAAAUGUUUAGAUGUCUACCAAGAGGCUAAAGAGCGCACAGAUCACAUGAUAGAACAGAAGAGAAAGAAGUUCAAAAAAGAAGGCCGCCAUGCUGAAGGUAUACCAGAAGACGAUCCUGUCAAGUACAAACACGCAGUCUAUGUUAUGACCAUGAAGCUGUUUGCUGAUAUGGAGAGAAAGAGGCAGCACCUAGAAACUCGUGACAUGGAAGAGAGGAAACGAAAGCGAGAAGCGGAAAUAGAACAGGAGGAGAUGAUGUCCUUUGAAAAGGAAUGGGCCAAAAACUUUGAGGAAUCUCGUCAAAACCGAGUAGACAGCUGGAAGACCUUCCAAUCCGGCGGCAGCAAGGAAAAGAAGAAGAAGAAAAUCAUGGGCUUCAAGCCUCCCAAGCCCAAGCCCGAGAGCAGAUAACUCUUGUAUUUAUCUCUAGAAUAGUUUACAUUAGAUUAGCAUAGUGAUCCCGGUUGUAGACCGAGAGCUAAGCUAAGGCUGGGUUGCACCAUCUUACUUUAACUUUGACAAACGUCAAGAAUCUGUCAAACUCUAUACAAAAAACACCGGUUAUCGUUAUAGUUACGGUCAAACGGUGGUGGAACUCAGCCUAAGUAUAGAUAGUGCAAUCCUCGAAGACGCGCCCCACCAGUUUUUGGUCGAGGG